GGUAUAUGGAUUAUCUAGACAAAGUUUAUUUUUUUUAAUCUUUGUUAAUGAAUACACCUCACCUCCUACUACUACUAGACUGCACUGUGCAAACAACUUGUAUUAUUGAUUGACUCCCGGCAGCAGGUUUAUGGUGUAAUUUGAUAUUAAGCAAUCAGUGAAGACAAACAGAUGUUCCAGUGUGGACCAAGUUAUGAAUGGGCCAGCUGUUAUUUGAUCAAUGUUUCCCAGCACGCCCACACAUAAACACAGCAUGGCAAACACCCACAGAAGGCGUGGAAACAACUGAACAACUUUUUUAUUGUGCAUGUCUUUCAAUUCUUCCCACUUCUAGAGAUGAGAAGGUGAGAGAGAGGUCUACUGUGUGUACUGGUUUAACACGGACCAAACAUGGCGGGGGAGUGCACCCCAGAAGGACGGGAUUUGAAAGACAUGACAGAGGAAGAGCUAUGGGAACUUAUCAAUGACAACAGGCACAAGAUUUCUUUGGACGUGCGCCCCUGUCGUGUGAUCCCUUAUUUGAGGCAGGCGAGGGUGCUGACCGAAAUGGAUGAAGAUGAGAUUCUGUCAUGCCAAAAACUCUCCAAUCGCUCCAUGAGAACAAGCUACAUGUUGGACCUGCUGCGGACCCAGGGCCGGAAUGGAGCCGUGGCAUUAUUGGACAGUUUGAUGAUCCACUAUCCCACUCUGUACACCCAAGUGACCGGGCGCAAACCCAGCAUCGAACCGUCACGCUUCAGUGGUCUGAUCAAGUACUCAGAGCUAACAGAGUACCUGGUCCGGGCCGUCACUGGGAUGCAGAAGGAACUAACAGAGGCACGCUCGGAGGCAAACCGCAUGACUGCCCGUUGCAAAUCUCUGGAAACCGAAAUCAGCCAAAUCUUGGAGCAGGAGGAGAAGACCAGAUACCUCCAGACGGAAAACGAACGCAUGCAGAGGCAGAUCAGGACCUUACAGCGAGAGAUCACCAAAAUGAAAGAUGAAAAAUGUGAUUUCUAUGUGCGCUACACGGCCACUAUAGAGGAGAAAUCUGCUCUCAACAUGCGCCUCCAUGACCUUACGCUGCAGGUGUACCAGCUUCAGACAGAGUUGCAGAAAGCUCAAACUGAGAAUGAAUACCAGAAGAGGUGCUCUUUAAGGUGUAUGUCAUCACUAAAUGCUCCCCAACUGCAGGAGGAGGUGUGGAGUCUACGCUGUAAGCUGGAGAAGGCCGAGAAACUAGACCCAGCCCGUAAUGACAUCUUGGCCCAGGACUUGGCUGAAGCCAUUGGGAGUCAGGCAGAAUUGGUCGAGCAGCUCAAGAGCUACAGAGAGGAGAACGAGCAGCUGCACAGAGACAAGCAAGUGCUGUUGGAGCAGAAGGAGUCCCUGGGCCUGCAGGUGCAGCAGCUGAGUCUGGACUGUUCCAUGCACGAGCAGAAGGAGACGGUGAUACAGGAGCAGAUGAGAGAGCUACAGGAAGAGAGACAACAGGCGUACCGGCUGAGAGACGACGCCCAGGCCAUGAUCACUCGUAUCCUGACGGAGAAGGACAGUCUCCGAGCACAGCUGGUGGAGCUCCAGGAGAGACUGUUCAGUAUGAAGGCUGUGCAUGGCUCCAGAGGGAGGAGAAAGAGCUCAGAUGAUUUGGAGAGCACCUGUGGCAGCCCGAUGUCCAGUUUUGAGGAUUCAUCAUCAUUGCCAACUCGACGCAGACUUUGCCGCACCAAUGCAAUGGAUCCGACUUCUAUGAGUUCUCCCAUUUCUGAGUGUGAAGAAGAGACUGCAUUGUCCAGUGUUCGCUCUCGAAAUGCAGAGCCGCCCUGUCCAGAGUCUCUUCGGCGGAGGGAGGAUGCGCUUUACCAUGACAACAGUGUGGAAAAUGCUGAAACUGAUUCUCUUUUGGACGACUUUGUUUUCCUGCCUUUCACUGGCAAUGAGGGCAAGGAGACAAGCAAGAAUUCCAUAGAGGAUGGCACCAACAAUGAUAGUCUCUCUCAGACUUCAGCCCCUCCUUUCCUCUUGCGCUCUCGUCCCAAAGCGAUCCGCAUCAACGGCCGUGUGCUGACCAUCUCGUUCCAGGGGGAGACUCUGCUGCAGCAGAUCUCUCUGGUGGGUGGGAACAAGACUGGAGUGUUCGUGCACCAGGUGACUGAGGGCAGCGCCGCUCACAUGGUCGGGAUCAGCCCUGGAGCUCAGAUAGUGGAGGUGAAAUAUGAGCAGAAAGAAAAGGCUUUGAGAAUGGUCCUAGAGGAUUCGACGUUAGAGGAGGCGGUUUGGGCCCUGGGUCAAGUUACAGGCUUCUGCCACCUCUCUCUGCGGCCCAGGCCAAAUGACUACCAGGCCUUAGUGCGGCAGCUCCAGAGCCGUGAGAUUUCCUCUGGAGACUCCUUCUAUGUGCGGGUGAACAUGUCCCUGUCCUGUUGCAACGGCACUCUGGCUGUGUCCUGUAACGAUAUCCUCCACGUCACAAACACGUGGCCGACAGGUGCACCUGACUCUUGGGAGGCCAGUCAGGUGCACCCCUGUCAGCUGCUGCACCUCCAGAAUGGGACUGUGCCAAACUAUUUCAGAGCACAAGGACUUUUGAUCCAGGCACUUGAGGAUAUGACUUUCCAAACCAAGUCUCAAAAGUCUGGACGAGCAGUGCCCCAGAAACAAAGUGUUCGAAUCGUCAGCACUGGUCGCCAGGGGAGGAAUCCACUGUGGGUCAGCUUUGAAAAUGAAGGGAGUCCAGAAUCCGGUGACAAUCCAGCCAAGGGUUGUGUGACUCUCAUGCCCUACACCUUGGUCACACCGCACUUCCCCCCUGUGUGCAGACCCAUCCUGCUCCUGCCCUCCAUCUUGGGGCGUGUCCUGGAGAAGAAGCUGGUCACAUGGGAGGGGUUUCAGCUUCUGGAGCCUGAGACGCUGAACCCAAGUGAGCAUGCCGCCCGCCUGCAGAGGUCUGAAAUACUGGAAGAGUGUGAUCAACCAGAAAACUCUUGCUAUACCACUCAGAGUGUUGAGAAAAUUAUGAAAAAGGGGAUUCACUGUGUGCUGCCCCUGGGUCUGGACUGUGUCCGCAGACUGCACAGAGCAGACAUUUACCCUAUCAUCAUCUUCAUUGGACAGAGUGCCCGCAGUGCUCACAAGCUCAGAUCCAAACUACAGAAACACGGACACUCUGAAGAGCAGCUUUUGGCCUGUUCUCGCAGUGUAGAGCCUCUUCUGGACAAACUGCCCUGUCUGUACCACAGCAUGGCCCCAGACUCCUGGUGCGACUAUAACUCCCUGUUUACUCGCCUGCGCACUGUCAUCUGGGAGGAGCAGAAGAAGAUUGUGUGGGUGGAGCCUGACCUGUGGUGAACUCAACACAGAAAACAAAGGGAAAUAUUUAUAUUUGGGUUUUAGAAUAGGAUUUACAACAUGUUUGUGAAUUACUGUAUGUAUCUAUGAUACUUGUAACAUGGUAUAUGACUUUCAUAAUGUUACAUCACUAUUUGGUGACAGGCUUAAAUGUGUACCACAUCAAAGCUUUUCUUUACUCAUUUUGGGUUUUAUAGCAUUACCAGCUGAUAGCUGCUUCUUAGCUUUUUAUAUUUACAGCAACACAAUGUAGCACAAUGUCUUAACACUUUAUACAAAGGUACAUAUUAUGUAUUAAAAU